AUGAUUCGCGCUGCCCUUUUGUGUUUUAUCGUGUUGGCUGUGUUUUGCAACGUAGAAGCAGGAAAACCGAUUGUUUGCUACUACGCCACAUGGGCCACAUACCGCCCAGCAAGGGGGCAGUUCAAUGUGGAACACAUCGAUCCUUUCCUUUGCACCCAUCUUAUGUACGCGUUCUUCGGUGUCGACGCUACCGGUGCGGUAAGGGUGCUGGAUCCCUGGCUCGAUCUGGAGGAUGACGGUGGCCGUGGAAACAUUCGGCGCUUCAACGCACUGCGGCAGCAGAACCCGCAACUCAAAACACUAGCCGCCAUCGGUGGUGCAUCGGUCGAUCCUGCGCUGUUUUCGCACAUUGCCGCCAGUGCCGCAUUGCGCACCGCAUUCGCUCGUAAUGCACGCGAUUUUUGUCUCGCCCACGGAUUCGACGGUGUGGAUGUGGGUUGGGAGUUCCCGGCCAUGCACGACGGUGACACCACUAACGAUAAGCAGAAUUUUGUGCUUAUGUUAUCGGAAUUGGCCGGUGAGCUGCGGUCCCACGGGUUGCUGGUAACGGCGGCACUCGGUGCAAGUGAAACAAUCGCGUCCAUUUCGUACGAUAUUGCCGGCAUUGUGCCGCAUUUGGAUUUUAUCAACCUGAUGGCUUACGAUUACAGCGGUGCGUGGAACGAAUUUACCGGCCACAAUGCACCACUGUUCGCUGGACCAUCGGAUCAGAACGAUUUUCAACGGAUGCUCAACGUGGAUCAUAGCGUCAGCUAUUGGCUGGGCCAGGGUGCGCCACCGUCAAAGCUAGUGCUGGGAGUUCCCGCAUAUGGACGCUCCUUCACGCUAUCGGACCCCGGUUCCAAUGGGCUGCGGGCACCAGCGGAUGGGGCCGGAUUGCCGGGACCGUACACAGAGCAGCCCGGUUUCAUGGCAUACCACGAGGCUUGUGUUCACUUUCUGUCCGGAUCCAGCUGGCAGCGUGUGUGGGAAGAAACCCAACGCAUCCCGUACGGGUUUCUGGACCGCCAGUGGAUUGGAUACGACGACCGGGCAAGCAUAGUGGAGAAGUGCAACUACGUCAACAGUCGCAACCUUGCCGGCAUGAUGAUGUGGUCAAUCGAUAUGGAUGAUUUUCGUGGAUACUGUGGAACAAACUUUAAUUUACUGCGAGCUAUCAACGAAUGCUUGGCGUGA